AUGCCGAUGGCCAAAAACAUUGUCGUCAUCGCAGGAUCUCCAACAAAGGAGCGCCUGGAUUGCAAGCAGUGGGACGCCUCUUUGAGAUUUGCCUUCGCAUCCUUGGGCGACUUGGGAGUGGAGGCAGUGGCCGCCAGCCUGGGCUCCAACAUCGCCAAGCUCGACCUCUCGGCGAACUGCUUCGACUGCAAGGGGAUGCAGGCGAUUAUCAGCUUCGUGCGCCGCGCCUCACGGCUCACGGACGUGAACCUCUCGGGGAACAAGCUCAUGGACGCAGCUGUGUCCCAGCUCUGCCUACACCUCCAGUUGCACUGCCCCUUCCUGGACCGCCUGAGCUUGGCGGACGUGCAGAUGGGCCGAGCCGCGAGCGGACAAGCGCUGGGGAGCCUCGUGGGCAUGCGGAAGCUGCGCUUUCUGGACGUCAGCUUCAACACGCUCCACGGGCAAGGGGCGGUGGAACUCCUCAAGAGCCUGGCCUCUUCCAGGUUACGGUGCCUGGACGUGAGCUGGAACUGCCUGGGCAAGGGCUCUCAGAGCAAGGCGGUUGCGGAGGAAUUGUCUUCCGUCUUCCAGCGACUGGAAACCUUGCAGCAUCUGGACCUAUCCUUCAACAACUUCCAGCCGCAGGAGGUGGGAAUUCUGGCGCAAGGCCUGGCCACAAAUCGCACUCUUUGGGGCCUGCACAUGGACGGCAGCGGCACGUUGGACGCCGACGGCUUCCUCUCCGCCUUCCGCGGCCUGCCCGAGCCGGCGAGUGAGCCUAGGCCGAAGACUUCGCGGAACAAGAAGGCCAAGGCCAAGGGGAAGCAGCCGAAGAAGGAGGAGGAGCAUCCAGGCCAGCUCUCGCCCCAGGAGCUUGAGGCGCGGCUGCAAGCGCUGCAGUGGCAGAUCCGGCUGCAGGAUAUGGCGCAGGAGUACCAGCAAAAGGCGGAGCUGGAGGAACGGAAGCAGGUGGAGGAGCAGCGCAAACAAAGGCAGCAGCUGCUGCUCCUGGACGAGUCGGACAGCAGGAUGCCGGUCUCAUUGCCAGAGCUCAUCCGGAGGCUGAAGCCUGGCGACCCCCUGAGCCCCAGGAGUCAGGGGGAGAUGUUGCACUCUCUUGCGCUGGAGGUGAAGCCGGAGCUGACGGCGUUGCUGAGGGACCGGGCCAAGACCCGGAACCUGCACCUGCACACCAAGGAGAACAUCCUCAAUAGCAACUGUUGGAUCUGCGGUGAAUGGGUCGAGGUCCUAUUUGAGCUCGCGCCCGGCGAUUUCCCCGAAAAACCGGCAGAGGAGGAUCCGGUCUGCAUCCUGAUGUGCUUGGACAACUUCUCCCGGCCCACGCCGCUCACGGCCCAGUCGGACGGGGUCUACCGGGGCUCGCGGUUCCUCCCGCCCUGCGAGCGCUGCUUCCUGGCGCUGCGGGUGGGCCAGACGCUGGGCGUGCACCCGCGCUUGCCAGUGCGCAGCUUGCAAAGGCCGCUGCUGUUGCCGCUCCAGGGGACCCAGCGCGAGCUGGCGGAGGUGAACGUGCUCCGUGUCGGCGCCCUCGCGGAGGCGCCGAUGCCCGGCUGCCGGCUGCUGCGCACCGCCGCGGAGGCGGCGUCCUUCUCCACGAGCUCGAAGCUGGCGUCGGCGCACCCCAGGCAGCGCAUCGACAUGUGA